GGGAUCACAUAGCUCCAGUCGCAGCUCGCCACCAAACCCUGAAAUUUUCACGAUCAGUCUCCUUUGGCUUUACGAGUUACAGGAAGAUUGUCUGGUUUUGGCUUCGAUUGAAAUGGCGAUGGCUGGGCGUAUCAGAUCAAGCCUCCCUCUCCUCAACAACAUUAUCAGAUCCGAUUCACUCUCUACUCAGAGAUCGACGCUUCAACGGGCCCUUAUUUGCCCGACUUUCGCCCAAUCUGAGUUCUCGAAGAACUAUUCCACUGCAUCAGGAAAAAAUGAGGAGAAGGUGAAGGUGCCUUUGGCUUUGUAUGGUGGUUCUGGAAACUAUGCCUCUGCUUUAUACCUUGCAGCAGCAAAAUCUAAUGUAUUGGAUCAGGUUGAGUCUGAAAUUCUUCUACUUGUUGAGGCUAUCAAGAGAAGCCCAACAUUUACUCAGUUCACCAAGGACUUAUCAGUUCCUGCUGACACAAGAGUCAAUGCAAUGAAAGAUAUUGGUGCUCAGGCAAAACUUUCAGAUAUUACGAAGAAUUUUCUGGUUUUGUUGGCUGAGACUGGAAGGCUAAGAUACGUAGACAGCAUAGCAAACAAAUUUAAUGAACUGACCAUGGCACAUAAGGGAGAAGUGAAAGCCAUUGUCACAACUGUCAUACCCUUACCUCCACAAGAAGAAAAAGAAUUGAAGGAAACAUUGCAACAUAUAAUAGGACAAGGGAAGACGGUUAAGCUUGAACAGAAGAUUGAUCCCAGUAUUCUUGGUGGGCUUGUGAUAGAGUUUUCACAGAAGGUGUUGGAUAUGUCCAUCAAAUCCAGGGCAACGCAGAUGGAGAGGUUCCUGCGCGAGCCUAUCGACUUUGGCAACCUCUAAAGUAUUAUUUUUCUCAAGUACUUUGGCAUCUUCAAUUGUCAUGCAUCCUCCAAGAAAGGAAUGAGUAUCUGUUUUUCUUGUUCGAACCAUUUCGGUCAUAACCAUCUUAUUUUUAAUCUCAUAAUGACGAAAUACAUCUGUUUCCCAAAUAAGAAGUACCUGUUCAUAUCCUCGUUUCAAGGUAAUCCUUGAUAGGCCUGUACUUGUACAAGAUUUUAUGGAACUUUUGAGGUGGUGAUAUUUUUUUCUACUUUUGUUUGCAAAUGGAAGGUUUUACCGUGAAUGUUAUGUUCAUUAUAUC